GGUCAGCGGCGCAAAGCCGCUCCGGUCACGUGACUCGCCGCUGAUCACGUGGGCGCCGCUCACCUGACCCGGCUGUCACGUGGCCCGGCCGCGCUGAGAAGGGCGACGAGCGGCGGGCGGUCAUGGCGGGCUCCAGGCUGUGGCUUUCGCUGCUGCUGGCGGCAGCGUUGGCCGGGCGGGUGACGGCCCUGUGGCCCUGGCCCCAGUACAUCCAGACUUCCGACCGGCGCUAUGUCCUUUACCCGAACAACUUCCAGUUCCAGUACCACGUGAGCUCGGCCGCGCAGCCCGGCUGCUCAGUCCUCGACGAGGCCUUCCAGCGCUACCGCGACCUGCUCUUCGGGUCCGGGUCUUGGCCCCGGCCUGACCUCACAGAAAAACGGCAUAAAUUGGGAAAGAAUAUAUUGGAUGUCUCUGUGGCCACACCUGGAUGUAACCAGUUUCCUGGCUUGGAGUCGGUGGAGAAUUAUACCCUGACCAUAAAUGAUGACCAGUGUUUACUCCUGUCUGACACUGUUUGGGGAGCUCUCCGAGGCCUGGAGACUUUUAGCCAGCUUGUUUGGAAAUCUGCUGAAGGCACGUUCUUUAUCAACAAGACUGAGAUUGAGGACUUCCCCCGCUUCCCUCACCGGGGCUUGCUGUUGGAUACAUCUCGCCAUUACCUGCCGCUGUCUAGCAUCCUGGACACUCUGGACGUCAUGGCGUAUAAUAAAUUGAAUGUGUUCCACUGGCAUCUGGUAGAUGACCCUUCCUUCCCAUAUGAGAGCUUCACUUUUCCAGAGCUCACUAGAAAGGGUUCCUACAACCCUGUCACCCACAUCUACACAGCACAGGAUGUGAAGGAAGUCAUUGAAUAUGCACGUCUUCGGGGUAUCCGUGUGCUCGCGGAGUUUGACACUCCUGGCCACACUUUGUCCUGGGGACCAGGUAUCCCUGGACUGUUGACUCCCUGCUAUUCUGGGUCUCAGCCCUCUGGCACCUUCGGGCCAGUGAAUCCCAGCCUCAACAACACCUAUGAGUUCAUGAGCACUUUCUUCUUGGAGGUCAGCUCCGUCUUCCCGGAUUUUUAUCUUCACCUUGGAGGAGAUGAGGUUGAUUUCACCUGCUGGAAGUCCAACCCAGAUAUCCAGGACUUCAUGAAGAAGAAAGGCUUUGGUGAUGACUUCAAGCAGCUGGAGUCCUUCUAUAUUCAGACGCUGCUGGAUAUCGUCUCUUCUUACGGCAAGGGCUAUGUGGUGUGGCAGGAGGUGUUUGACAAUAAAGUCAAGGUUCGGCCAGACACAGUCAUUCAGGUGUGGCGAGAAGAGACUCCAGUAAGCUACAUGAAGGAGCUGGAGCUGAUCACCAAGGCUGGCUUCCGGGCCCUACUCUCUGCCCCCUGGUAUCUGAACCGUAUAUCUUAUGGCCCUGACUGGAAGGAUUUCUACCUAGUGGAGCCCCUGGCAUUUGAAGGUACCCCUGAGCAGAAGGCUCUGGUGAUUGGUGGAGAGGCCUGUAUGUGGGGAGAGUAUGUGGACAAUACAAACCUGGUCCCCAGGCUCUGGCCCAGAGCAGGGGCUGUUGCUGAGAGGCUGUGGAGCAGCCAGUUGAGUGUUGACCUGCAAUUUGCCUAUCUGCGUUUGUCGUACUUCCGCUGCGAGUUGCUGAGGCGAGGUGUCCAGGCCCAGCCCCUCAAUGUAGGCUACUGUGAGCAGGAGUUUGAAGAGACCUGAGUCAGCGCAGCCCCAGGCACCAAAGAGGGUGCUGGCCCUAGGAGAGUGAUAGUGGGGCCAGGCUUCACUGCAUCCCGGCCGGUGGACGGAGCCCCUUGCCCACAUGGCCCUGUGCUUGGAGAAAAGGGGGCUGGUGCUGGCACUGGCGUCCAAUAAAGAGCGAUGUGGUAUUUUUCUGUCAUGAACUUGGAUCGCCUGUGU